AUGGAGUUCGAGGUUUCCUACAGCCUCGAUAACGCGGAACAGUUCUGGGAAGAGCUGGAGGAUAUCGUCUGCGUCCGGUGCGACUCGCACGAAGCCAUAGACAGCGCUCUCCGCAACUACCUCGCCUUCGCCAACAACUUCCACGAGGAAUACCUCCACACCGAAGACGACUUCAAGCAGUGCGCCAACACCCUGCUGGAACACUCCAUCUACACCAAGAACAAAGACUACGUGCGCACGCAGUUCGUCUACAGCCUGCUUCAGGAGGAUGAACCGUCAACGCUGCAGGUGGUUGCGGCCGUGCUGCUCGUCGAUGGUCUCGCCGACGACGAUGACCAGCAGGUCUUCCACAUGAUGAACAAGGAAGGGGCUUUCUCGCGCCUCGUCGAGCUCAUCCGGGACACCAAUGUCGACGAGCAGAAGAACCUGCACCGUCUACUCUUGCAGCUCAUGUACGAGAUGUCCAGGAUAGAACGUCUUUCGGCCGCAGAGCUAGCCGCGGUUGACGAUGCCUUCGUCCUUGGCCUCUUUCAGACCGUAGAGGAGCUUUUUGGCGAUCCAAACGAUCCUUUCUGCUACCACGUCAUUCGUGUUUUGCUGGUUCUCAACGAACAAUAUUUCGUAGCUAACAUCCCGACCCCGGCUGUGCCGCUCACGAACCGCGUUAUCAAAGCUCUCUCGACUCACGGCAACAUCUACAAGACUUUCGGAGAGAACAUGAUCCUCCUACUAAACCGCGAGACGGAGGCUUCACUCACUCUGCUAAUCCUGAAGCUUCUCUAUCUCCUCUUCCUGAACGAGAAGACGUGCGACUACUUCUACACCAAUGACCUAUACGUGCUCAUCGACAUCAUCAUCCGCAACCUGCUGGACCUGCCAUCAGACGACACAACGUCGGCGGCGAUCCGACACACGUACCUGCGCGUGCUGCACCCACUGCUGGCCAACAGCCAGGUCAACCGGCCGCCGCACUACAAACCGGACGAGCUGCUCAAGAUGCUAGACUACCUCAGCGCAGCCAACGAUAACCCGUGGCGCCAUUUCGAGUCGCACGACGAGACCACGAUUCGACUAGCCAAGCGCUGUGCCGAGGUUGCCUGGCUAAACAAGCGCCGCGCCAGCUUCUCAGUCGACGGCAGCGGCGCCGAGGGCCGCGACAGCCCCAGCCAAGAUGGCCACAAGGCCGUGGCGCAGCGGAUGCUGGGUAUGAGCGUGCCGACGGCUGGUGAGAGCGCUCUCAGCGUCGUCGAGGUGGCGGCACAUCAGGAGAAGCCGGGCGUGCAGACGCCGAGCAAGGUCCGAGAUGCGCAGGAUUGA